AUGAUUCUUCGUCGGAUAUUGAUUGCGGCUGUUGUCGGUGUAGGGUUCAGUGCUGUGGCUUCGGCAGCGCAAUCUAGCCUGCCUCAAUGCGCCGUCUCGUGUCAGGAGCAGGUCCUCGCGUCCAACGUGACAACAUGCAGCUCUUCGGACUCGCUGUGUCUAUGCGGUGACACCAAAUAUCAGGAUGCGCUCACGACUUGCGCCUCUACCUCAUGCACCGUGAGAGAAUCAUUACUUGCCAAACGCCUGACCAACCGAGCAUGCAAUGUCCCUGUUCACCAAGGACGGCCCGAGGUGGAAGCCGCCACACUCGUCCCUUUGAUACUUGCGUCAAUCUUCUUUUUCAACCGAAUGGCCGCCAAAUCCAUGGGCCUGGCGGGUGGUUGGGGCGCCGACGAUUACACCAUUAUUGCCGCUUAUGUGCUAGCGGUAGCCAUCUUUGCCAUCAACAUCACCAUGAUCCAAGUCGGCUUCGGCAAGAACAUGUGGGAUGUCAUUCCCAUGGACAACAUCACCGACGUGUACAAGCGCUUUUUCGGCUUCGUCGUCUUAUACAAGACGCAGAUCUCGCUGGCCAAGAUAUCAGUCUGCCUCUUCCUCCUCCGCAUCUUCCAGUCCCCCGCAUUCCGAUACACUACGUACACGAUCAUCGGACUCAAUGCUGCCAUUGGAGUUACAUGGGUGCUCGUCGACUCACUGCGGUGCAACCCAGUCCAUCUCGCAUGGGAUGGCUGGACAGGAGAGGAGCCGGGAAAAUGCAUCGAUUUCACCAGCGCAACAUUCGCCAAUGCCUUUGUCAACAUCGCCGUGGAUACCGUCAUGGUCCUGAUGCCUGUUUACGAAAUUGUGAAGCUGAAUCUUUCCGGAAGAAAGAAGCUUGGUGUGGGCGUCAUGUUCGCAAUGGGUCUAGUCUUGACUGUCGUCGCUAUUCUCCGUGUCGUUGUCUUCUAUCUCAAUCGCUGGGGGAAGAAUCCCACCGUGGAAUUGCAGCCAAUCGUCCACUGGUCCGUCAUCGAAGUCAGCAUCGCCGUUCUCUGCGCCUGUCUGCCCACCGGCCGCGCCAUGCUGGCCCACCUUUUCCCUGGUCUGCUGGGUGCGUCUUCCGGACAGUCGUACCCACAGCCGACCACGCCCUCUGGAAGGGAAGGUCUGGGUCCCAGUCGGCAGGCUGGGAGGAGUCAGAUUGCCAAGACGAUGUCAUACUCGGUCGACUAUCAGACCAAGCCUCAAAAAAGGGACUCGAACAGCUUCGUGCGGCUGGUGGAGAUGGAUCCUCUGAAGGAAGGGGGAGUACCUUAG